GUCAUCCAAACCCCAAUUAAACAAAACAAAGAAUAACAAAGUUUUUCGUUUACUUAACCAGAAAGAACUAACUCAAAACCCGUCGCAAAAUACACCCCUCCGUCCUUCCGUCCGUCGUUAUAAAUCUCCGGCGAAAGAAGUAUGAGACCGCCGAUGAUCAACAUCAACGCCAUGGCUCGGAAGAUCGACGUCGAUAAUCGAAUUCCUAUUCGCAAUUAUUACCGCAUCGCCGAUAAUCUUCUUAAACAGGCACACAUAUAUCGAGAGGAGAAGAAUAUUAUAGAUUUGUAUGUUAUGCUUCUAAGAUAUUCAAGCUUGGUAAUGGAUACUAUAAGAUUUCAUCGUGACUACCUAACUUUAUGUUCAGAGGAACGAAGAUAUAGCAAGAAGCAAUUACGUGUGGUGAUAGAGGAGCUGGAAUCUUUGAAAUCAGAAGUUGAUCGUCAUGUAGAUGGCUUAAACAAGUGUCAUACUAGUAGUGAAGAAUAUCAAACGAAUGGCCAUGGAGGAACCGCACAUAGGUCAGGAGAUUCUUCUUUUCAACUGCCUCCUGUCAAUAACACACUUUCUUUUAGCCCUGAUGAUAAGCAGCUUCACCAGAGGGAAAGUGCGCUCUCCUGGAACCAGAACCUUGGGAGUACACCAAAUAACCAAUCUGGUUCCAUUAACAUGCAGUUCCAAAAGCUAUCUCUUCUGCCAACUCCUAGACAAGAAACUUUAUCGAGACAUUCUCUUCUAGGUCCUAAUGGUCUUCGUGGUCAAUUGUCAAAUCCUAGUGCCCAGAUAAAGGUGCAAUAUCCAACAUAUAGUGAUUUCAAUUCAAAUGAUAAUUUGAGCUUAGUUCAAUCUGUGCAAAGUGAUAUCACUGGUGUCAAAGAUGGAAAUUCGGGAGUGGACAUAUCAACGAUGGAAUCAGUGCUCUCUUUAGAUGAUGGUAGAUGGUCACGUCCAGUUGUGGAAGAGUUUGAUGAAGAUUUUUUUCUUUCUGGAAAUAUCAGGCAACCUUCUCCCCCUCCUGUGCGUGCUAGAUUGCAACCAGAACAUAGUCAUAUUCCUCCAUCACGAGUUGCUGACCCAAGACCUGGACCUGCAAACUCAUUCCAAGAUGAUUCACCCACUUCUAAUACCUAUCAGCAUUUACAUAUUCCUGUGAAGAUGAUGCAAGAUUUUUUGAGAUUGGCGCAACAAAAUACUAAAAGAAACUUGGAAACAUGCGGAGUUCUUGCUGGUUCUUUGAAAAACAGGACUUUCCAGAUCACCACGCUUAUUAUACCUAAGCAGGAGUCAACUUCUGACUCGUGUCAGACAUUAAAUGAAGAAGAUAUAUUCGAUGUUCAGGACAAGCGUUCUUUAUUCCCUCUUGGAUGGAUUCAUACGCAUCCAUCCCAACGCUGCUUCAUGUCAUCAGUUGAUCUGCACACACAUUACUCAUAUCAGAUUAUGCUUCCAGAAGCAAUUGCAAUUGUAAUGGCCCCUACAGAUGAAUCCAGCCCACAUGGUAUUUUCCACCUUUCUGACCCUGCUGGAGUAAAUCUGAUUCGGAACUGUGAUCAACGUGGUUUUCAUCCUCAUGAGGAACCAGAUGACGGUAGCCCAAUUUAUGAACAUUGUUCUCAUGUUUAUAUGAACGAGAUUAUGAACUUCGAUGUUGUAGAUCUUCGGUGAACUUCAAUAUAACACUCGAGUUCACGAGAUAAUUUGAGCUGUAAAUUCAUAUCAAUUAAAACUUAUUACAUACUAUGUAUUUGGUGUUGUGAAUAUGAUCUGAUGUAGGGAAUGCAGUAAUUUAGUGAAUACAAAUGUUUUGGGAAGACUUUACCAGUAAA